AUGUCAGCAGUCGUUAAGCGCGAUCGAGACUCCUCCAAUUCCCCCGAACCAGAAGCCAAGCGCCUCAACGUAGACGCCAACGUCAAGGCAAAGUCCAAGAACGACGGUAACGAUACCCCUGCCUCACCCGACCGCCAGAGCAACAGCACCACCAAGAAGAUGGCUUCCGACGCUUCCGGAAAGCCCGAGGAGAUGGACGCCGUUGAUCUCGGCAAUGUCACUGCAGAUGGCGACAACAACAACGCCGACACCAGCGCGCUUUCCAACGAUCAGGAUGGCGAUCAGGUCGCUGACAGCGCCGGCAGCGUCGGCGACUCGUCCGAGACGCAGGCGACCCAGAUUUCGAUGCGAACCUUGAUCGUCACCAGCGAUGCCAGUAUCAUCAUUGGCAAGUCCGGCAAGCACAUCAACGAAAUCCGUGACAAGAGCAACGCCCGUCUCAAUAUUAGCGAGAUCAUUCAAGGCAACCCCGAGCGCAUCUUGACCGUUUCGGGUCCUCUUGACGCUGUCAGCAAGGCUUUCGGUCUCAUCGUUCGCAGAAUCAACGACGAGCCCUUUGACCAGCCGUCUGUCCCUGGCUCGAAAUCCGUUACCAUCCGCUUCAUCGUCCCCAACUCCCGCAUGGGUUCCGUCAUCGGCAAGCAGGGUUCCAAGAUCAAGGAGAUCCAGGAGGCCUCGGGUGCCCGUCUCACUGCAGGUGAAGCCAUGCUGCCCGGCUCCACCGAGCGCGUCCUCUCUAUCUCGGGUGUCGCCGACGCCGUUCACAUUGCCGUCUACUACGUCGGCACCAUCCUGCUCGAGCACCAGGACCGCAACGCCAACAACCUCCCUUACCGACCCACCGCCGGUGGUCCAUCGACCCGUCCCCCCGCCCCCGGCGGCAACCCAUAUGCUGCUCCUCAGCAGGCAUUCGGCUACGGUGCACCCGCCCCUCCCUUCGGCGCCGCGCCUGCCGGUGCCGGUGGCGCACCCCAGCUGCCGCCCGGCUCGCAAACGCAGCAAAUCUUCAUCCCCAACGACCUGGUGGGCUGCAUCAUCGGUAAGGGCGGCUCCAAGAUCAACGAGAUCCGCAGCAUGAGCGCCAGUCACAUCAAGAUCAUGGAGCCCGGCGCGGGCAUCGCCGCUGGCGGCAGCGGCAACGAGAGGCUCGUCACCAUCACCGGCCCACCGCCGAACAUCCAGAUGGCCGUCUCGCUGCUCUAUCAGAGGCUCGAGCAGGAGAAGAUGCGACUCGCGCAGGGUGGUGCUCCCUGA